AUGAGAGAGGGGGGAGACAGAGAGGAGAGAGGGGGGAGACAGAGAGGAGAGAGGCGGGAGACAGAGGAGAGAGGGGGGAGACAGAGAGGGGGGAGACAGAGAGGAGAGAGGGGGGAGACAGAGAGGAGAGGGGGGAGACAGAGAGGAGAGGGGGGAGACAGAGAGGAGAGGGGGGAGAUAGAGAGGAGAGAGGGGGGAGACAGAGAGGAGAGAGGCGGGAGACAGGAGAGAGGAGAGAGAAGAGAGGCGGGAGACAGAGAGGAGAGAGGAGAGAGGCGGGAGACAGAGAGGAGAGAGGCGGGAGACAAAGAGGAGUGGAGAGGGGAGAUAGAGAGGAGAGAGGGGGGAGACAGAGAGGAGAGAGGAGAGAGGCGGGAGACAGAGAGGAGAGAGGCGGGAGACAAAGAGGAGUGGAGAGGGGAGAUAGAGAGGAGAGAGGGGGGAGACCGAGAGGAGAGAGGGGGGAGACAGAGAGGAGAGAGGCGGGAGACAGAGAGGAGAGAGGAGAGAGGCGGGAGACAGAGGAGAGAGGGGGGAGAUAGAGAGGAGAGAGGGGGGGAGACCGAGAGGAGGGGGGGAGACAGAGAGGAGAGAGGAGAGAGGCGGGAGACAGAGGAGAGAGGGGGGAGACAGAGAGGAGAGAGGCGGGAGACAGAGAGGAGUGGAGAGGGGAGAUAG